AUGCAGGAGGAGAAGGUGAUCCCCAGAGAGAGGACUCUGCGCAUGCUGGCCGACAUUCUGGAGAGUAAUGGACAGGAGGUGCCCUUCGAGGUGUCUGAGGUAAAAACCUUCUGAAAUCCACUCUGCCACCGUUAGUAAACACAGCUCUCCUUAUCUUUUUAUUCCAUCAGUGAUUUCCCCAAAUCAGUGUUUGCUUCAUUAAAUCUCAUCCUCUCUGAUAAUGUUCAGUUUGUUACACAGAGAAUAAUGAGCAGGAAGCUAAUGAGCAGGAAGCUACCUCUUAGUACCUCAGAGAUUAUUGGUAUCAUUAUCCUUGGCUGUUGCCAUGGUGCCCCCUCUGUUCUGGUUGACUCCUGGUUGGUUGAAAUCCCUGAAGUAGUCUGAUUCUCCACACCUCUGGCCACAGACAGUCUGAAACCACAAAUCCCUUGAUUUCAUCUAAGGGAAAUUGGAUUUUGGGAUGAUCGCGGGAAAAUCUGACGUUGGGACAGGAAUUAAUACUAGCCCAUAAUGCUAACUAAUUCAGCCACUGCUAAAUACCACCAUAUGUCUGCUGCUUAGUGGACUUCAUCACAUGUCACUAGAGGACUCUGGCAGAGGCUGCUGGAACGAUGUGACCAAAUUACCCAGCAUUCCCUCUGCCUGACUGCACCAGUUUCCUCGCAGUUGAUUCAGAAUACAUUAUUUCUCCAUUGGAAUACAUUAUUUUCCAGCUUCCUUCCAGAUGUGUCCAUGUUUGUUUGGCUUGUUUGGCUUGUUGGGGAGGCCUGGAGCGAGAUGACACUCAACGUGAUGGCUUUAGCCCUUGGCGAUGACCCUUGUGACCUGAGGGGCCCUGGAGUUGUCAACCCCCACACCCCCUUUUAUCCUCCCUGGCCCCGAUGCCUAGCCUAAUUCACCACUGGCCAGCACAGCUUAACCCCCUCCCCCGGUUGCUAAACGGGUGACUGAACAUCGGGGGGCUCUGCCCUGUCUAUACUACUCACAAACAAACACACACCUCACUCGAAAAAGAUUAAUCGCAAUUUUUAUACUUAAAUGGACAUUUCAUAUUAUAUGACUCUGGGUUUGUUUUGAUCAUGUCUAGGUCAGUGAGAUGUGUUUUACACAUAAUUGGCCACGAAGAAGGCGGUUCUGGGUUUUGCAUGCCGAACGAUACACCCGUUGACCGCAUCCGGUGUAUUAUUGGGGUGGACGAGAUCUGAAAAUGAAUGUAGUCCUGUUUUGUGGCCUUUCAUGAAGCCUCUUUCAUACUGAUCACACGACAACGAUUGUAUAGAUAUGGUUGUCCUUGUUCGAUAUAGCCAUUGGACGUCUUUCAGCGAUGUUCCUAUCGGAAGAUUCAUUGCUAGAUAUACAAGGUGACACAUUGCUUCCAGCCUCUGAAAGACUACAGCUCGGUGUGGGGCGGAUCGUCCUGCUUUGUCCCCGUCACCCACUAUGAAUGCCUGACCUUGUGGUACACUAGCAGACGAAUACACAUGAAAUAGAAACUUCCUGAUUCGACCGGUGAAAUGAAAAUGCACUCGUUCUAGCUUGUGGUGAGGAGAUUUUUGAUGGUUAUGGCAAAAUGUUAUUAAUAUAGUAAUUACUAUAUACCAUGGCAGAGCUAAGGUGAAAUUUCACAUUAAAUAUAUAUAUUAUUGAUAUAAAAUAGACUAACCUACAGUUGUCAAACUUAUUGUACAGACCAAUCUUAUCCUAUCUUGCUACUAUCCCUACUAAAUACAUCAGAGAUUCACAGGAAGCCCCUCUCUGCAGCCAACUCCAACACCCCCGGAAUGACUUUUCUCUGUCCCUCCAUCAGUAAAAACCCACUGGUUGCCUAAGCUCACACUGCUCGUUAAACUCCCUCCUGCUGUGAAACCCCACCUUGCUCUUCAUUUCCAUGUGCUUGUGGAACAGUCUGCGUUUCUCUUGCUCAGGCAGUUGCUGGCUGUAGCAGAAGCUGGCCAUGUUUAGGGACUUCCAGUAUCACUCACAGAUCUCGGAGAAACCCGGGAGAACCUGACCUAAAGCCACACGUACAACCAGUUCUAGAUGUACAGUACCAGUCAAAAGUUUGGACACACCUACUCACUCCAGGGUUUUUCUUUAUUUUUACUAUUUUCUACUUUGGAGAAUAAUAGUAAAGACAUCAAAACUAUGAAAUAACACAUAUGGAAUCAUGUAGUAACCAAAAAGUGUUAAACAAAUAUAUUCUUUAUUUUAGAUUCUUCAAAUAGCCACCCUUUGCCUUGAUAACAGCUUUGCAUACUCUUGGCAUUCUCUCAACCAGCUUCACCUGGAAUGCUUUUCCAACAGUUUUGAAGGAGUUCCCACAUAUGCUGAGCACUUGUUGGCUGCUUUUCCUUCACUCUGAGGUCCGACUCAUCCCAAACCAUCUCAAUUCGGUUGAGGUCGGGGGAUUGUGGAGGCCAGAUAAUCUGAUGCAGCACUCCAUCACUCUCCUUCUUGGUAAAAUAGCCCUUACACAGCCUGGAGGUGUGUUGGGUCAUUGUCCUGUUGGAAAACAAAUGCAGAAUGCUCUGGUAUCCAUGCUGGUUAAGUGUGCCUUGAAUUCUAAAUAAAUCACAGAUAGUGUCACCAGCAAAGCACCAUGCUUUACGGUGGAAAAUACACAUGCGGAGAUCAUCCGUUCACCCCCACUGCGUCUCACAAAGACAAGGCGGUUGGAACCAAAAAUGUCAAAUUUGGACUCCAGACCAAAGGACACAUUUCCACCGGUCUAAUGUCCAUUGCUCAUGUUUCUUGGCCCAAGCAGGUCUCUUCUUCUCAUUGGUGUGAUAAGGUGGUGUUGAAGGAGUCAGGCACAGGAGGAUAAAUCACAGAAACAGGCUUUAAUCCGAAAAAUACAGGUUUAUGCAGAAAUGCGUCAAACACACUUCAGGGCACAAAACAGGUGCACUGGAAAAUACAAGGCACACAGGAAAAAUACUCCCGUCGAUACCAAAUACAAGAGUUCCAUCGAGCUUCAUUAACCUCCAAAACAAACAAUCACCCACAAGGACAAGGGGGCAGAGGGAACAUUUAUACACAGACUAAUUAGGGGAAUAGAACCAGGUGUGUGUGAUUGACAAGACAAUUGUGAUGAUGAUUGGGGCGGCAGUGGUUAGUACUCCGGUGACGACGAACGCCGAAGCCUGCCCGAACAAGGAGGGGAGGCAGCCUUGGCGGAAGUCGUGACAAUUGGUGUACUUUAGUAGUGGUUUCUUUGCAGCCAUUCGACCAUGAAGGCCUGAUUCACACAGUCUCCUCUGAACAGUUGAUGUUGAGAUGUAUCUGUUACUUUAACUCUGUGAAGCAUUUAUUUGGGCUGCAAUUUCUGAGGCUGGUAACUCAAAUGAACUUAUCCUCUGCAGCAGAGGUAACUCUGGGUUUUCCAUUCCUGUGGCGGUCCUCAUGAGAGCCAAUUUCAUCAUAGUACUUGAUGGUUUUUGUGACUGCACUUGCGUCGCUAUAGUUUUGUACCGUUGUUUAUGUAUGGCCAUGUGAAUAUUGUUACCAGUGGAUGUUUUGUUACCAGUGGGUGUUUGUUACCAGUGGAUGUUUUGUUACCAGUGGGUGUUUGUUACCAGUGGGUGUUUUGUUACCAGUGAGUUUUUUGUUACCAGUGGGUGUUUGUUACCAGUGGGUGUUUUGUUACCAGUGGGUGUUUGGAUAGUUGUAAUUAACAGUGUGUUGUAUUCUACCUUUCCAUAGGUGUGGUAUGAGCAGGCUGCAGACAGAGGCACAGGCAGAGACCAAGCCUGCAGGGUCAAAGAGAAAAGCCACCAAGUCAGCCAGCACCCAAGCUGCUACUGCAGAGAACAGCCCUGCUGACUACCAGUUCAGACUGCUCACCCUCUGCAAGAAGGGCAAGGCCAAA